AUGGUGCUUUAUUUAUCGAGUAGUCCUCGUAAGACAACGUUUUUACGUUUUAUUCACCUUACCACUUUGGUGGUUUUGUGUUUAACCAUUUUAUCUAGCAGUUAUUCUUCAAGUCUUUUUGUAAAAGCUGAAGAACAACAACAGCCAUGUACUGUUACUAACGGUACAAACUAUUUUGAUUUAAGUCCUUUGAAAAAAACUGAUGGAGAUGAUUGGAUUGUCCAAGGAUACGGAACACAUUGGAAAUUUCACAUCAAUAUUUGUAAUGAUAUUUUAUAUAAGGGUGAUCCGAAUACAGCUCUUGAUAAUACUGGUGUUUAUGGUUCAAAGAACGAUGAAGGAAGUAGUUUGGGUAAAACCUCUACUACUCCUAUCGUCCGAGGGGAUAAACUUUUAAUGGAAUUUAAUGAUGGUAAUGACAAAUGUGGUACCACGAAUUAUAGAAAAUCGUCAGUUAUUUCCUUUAUUUGUGAUAAAACCGUUGAGGGUCAAGGACUACCAAUAUUUGUUUCAACCUUUAAGGAUUGUGCAUUCUUUUUUGAAUGGAGAACUCCUGCCGCUUGUUCAACCGUGAAAAAAGGUAUUGUUUAUAACCGAAUGGUUCAUAAUGCUUCUGGAAUGCGACAAAUCCCAAAUUGGGAAUUUUGGUGUAACACGUGGGAAUUCCUCAAGGAUAUUUUUUUUAUAAUAGUGGCACAGUGUCCCAUGUUUCAACCAAGAAGAUCUGGAGGAAGAGGUUACAAUAAUUUGCCAAGAGAUGAAGAAAAUGUUUUGAUGGAAGAAGAGUUUGAGGAGCAUUAA